AUGGACUCAAGUCUAAUUUACGGCGUAUCUUAUUUUUCGGGUGGGCUUCCUUUGUUACUUGGAAUUUUUUCGAUCAAGUCUACUUCACCUUGGGCGGGACCAUACUUAAAAGAAGAGUACAAGGAUCUUGACAACCUUGAAACUUUGACGAGGCAAAUGGAAAAAGACGUUGCAAUGUAUGGAUUUUUAAAUCUUAUAUUCUUUCCCUUAAUAUUCCUGUAUCAAAUUCUGUACUCAUUCUUCACACUGUCUGAACUUAUCAAGAGACGUCCUGAUGCACUUGGAAUGCGCAGAUAUUCAAACUAUGGAAGGUAUCGUGUGAGACAUUUCAACGAGCUCACACACGAGCUAAAUGCGCGUCUGAACAGAUCGCAUGUUUAUGCGAAUGCCUAUCUGAAUCAGUUCUACUCAACACUAACAGAGGUAUUUGCGAAAAAUAUUGCAUUCGUUGCUGGGGCCAUAGCUGGUGUGCUAGCUAUACUUUCCGCUUGGGACGAGGAUGUUCUGCAGAUAGAACACGUGCUUACCGUCAUCUCCGUUUGUGGUGUGAUCAUGGUGAUAUGCCAUGGUCUAAUCUCUGAUGAAAAUCUUGUGUGGCAGCCAGAAGUAUUGUUAGCUCAUGUGACUAGUGAACUACACUAUGUGCCAGUAGAAUGGAAGGGACAGGCCCACACGGAACAAGUACGACGUGAAUUUGAACAGUUUUUCCAGUUGAAAUGGAUGUUUUUAUUACAAGAACUCAGCAGUCCCAUAUUGACACCAUUCAUUCUCCUCUUUUGGGUUCGUCCAAAUUGUCGCGAAUUAGUUCGUUUCUUUUAUGACAACACU